AUGGUGCAGGCGCGCGCGCGCGGACGAAGUCGGGGCCGUGGUCCCCGGCCACGUCGUCCUGAUCGAUAUGAUCGAUAUGCCUUCUCAGAUCCUCAUCUCCAGCCCGAUGCUUUUGUAACGGGGUCUACGGAUUCUGACACGAGCGAGACGACAGACAGGCAAUCUGACUCGGAAGACGUGGGAUCGACUUCCGACUCCUCGUCCGCCGAGGACGAUGGGCUAGGUUCGGCCACGGACCUGGUCACAUCGGUGCCUGUUGCAAUGUGGGACUUCCAGCACUGUGACCCGCGGCGCUGUAGCGGCAAGAAGCUGUCUCGCCACGGCCUCAUCAAGGAAAUGCGAGUCGGCCAGCGAUUCCGCGGGAUCGUACUUACGCCGCAUGCCACGCAGGUGCUGUCUCCGGCCGACGGGCCGAUCCUGCGGGAGUAUGGCGUAGCCGUAGUCGAGUGCAGCUGGGCGCGUCUCGACGAGAUACCCUUUUCAAAAAUCAAAAGCCCGCAUGAGCGACUUCUCCCGCGCCUCAUGGCAACGAACCCUGUCAACUAUGGCAAGCUGUUCAAGCUAAACUGCGUAGAGGCCCUUGCUGCGGCCUUCUACAUCUGCCAGGCGCGCCCACAGGGAGACCAGCUGCUGGCCAAGUUCGCUUGGGGCGAAAACUUCCCUGCUGUGAACCAGGCGUACUUGGCCAAGUACCGCCGGUGUCGCAGUGCUGCAGAGGUCGUUGCUGCCGCCGAUCAAUUCGCCGCGGACGAAGAGUUGGAGCGACAAGAGCGGCGCCUGGCUUCUGCGCAGCUUGACGGCUACGGUGCUAUUCCAUUGCCGCCCACAGAGGACGAACAAGAGGACGACGAGGGCUCUGGCUCCCGUUGA